AUGGCGACAGGCACGGCAGCAGGCACAGCAGGCGCACAAGAGCUGGCUUGGAGGCAGCGGGGGGAUGGGAACGGGGAUGGGGAGGGGAAAUGGGAGGAAGAUGGGGAGGGGGAAAGGGAGGGGGGUGGGAGGGGAGAGUUGACAGCUGCUGAGAUGGCAAGGCGGCGGUUGCAGGAAGCCUUGGGAGGAGUCGAGGAGGACGGAGAUGGGGAGGGGAAUGGAAUUGGCGAGGGGGAUAAGCGGGGACAGUUGACAGCGGCGGAGAUGGCAAGGCGGCGAUUGCAGGAGGCGCUGGGGGGAGAUGAGGAGGAUGAGGACGACUGGUUGGCGGACGACUUGGGGCUGGGCGCGGCUGUGGUGGCUGCCCGGCGCAUCUCCACCAACAGCUGGUCCUCUAGUGCCACGCCGUCCCGCUCGAGCAUGCAGCUCAACGGCUUCCUCUGCCAGGAAAUGGCUGAUCUCGCUCAGCGGCUGCGCAGAGACGACCUAGCAACUGGGGGAGGGGCGGGCGCGUCAGCAGAGCAGCAGCAGCAGCAGACGAUUCUUUCUUCCCCGCAGCAGCAGCAGCAGCAGCAGCAGCAGCAGCAGCAUCAGGAGCAGCAGCAGGUGCAGAGGGGGGCCAGUGUGGCCUCAUGCAUGGCAGAGCAAGGCCCGCGCCGCUCUUCCUUCUCAGACUUCACCAGCGAGAGAGAAGGGGCGCGCUGGGAGGAGGGCCUCUCAGGGCGCGUGGAGGGUGAAGGGGAGGUGCAGAGAAGAAACAGCGACAGCUCUCAGCGGGCUGUGUGGUGGGGGAGACGGCUGGGGAGGGAGGAGCAGGGGCAGGGGCAGGGGCAGGGGCAGCAGGGGAAGAGAUUUGGGGAGACAGAGCAAGGCGCAGUGCAUGUGCAGCAUGGGCCCAAUGGGCCUGCCUUGGACGCCCCCCCAGCACCUUUCUUAGGAACAGCGCCCUCUGUAGCAGCAAAGCCUUGUUCAGCAGCAACAGAGAGGCCUCCAGUAGCCCCCUCCCCUCCCCGCUGCCUGCUCUUCUCCCCUGCUGACCUAGCCACCAUCACCGACGGUUUCGCCCAGGAGAACUUUCUUGGAAGCGGCGCGUACGGCCCCGUGUAUCGCGGCCGGCUGGAUCCGACCAAUCACAGCGCGCCAGCUGGCAGCGGGGACUCGUUUGAAGGUGCGCAAUGUGGUAACCAGACUGGUAACAAGCUCAGUAACCAGAGUGGUAACCAGAGUGGUAACAGCAGCAGGGACGGCAUGCAGGUGGCCGUGAAGGUGCACAGGUCAGCCAGCAAGCAGGAGGCGAUAGAAGCCUUUGUGCGAGAGGUGGAUAUCCUUUUACGCGUGCAGCACACUCACAUCGUGCGCCUGUUGCAGCAGCCGGAGCGGCAGGAGCAGCAGCAGCAGCAGAGGGAGCAGCAGCAGUUGUAG